CACUAACCUUUAUUGCCAUGUCUAUUUCAAAGAAUACCGUGACUACUUCGCCAGGCCCCGACCCUCAAACCUCCCUCCAGAAGGAGAGAGCCAAGGCUGCAUUUGAUCCCGUCAAGAUGCACUACUUCUUGGAGGGGUCCAAGGAACGUGCUGAGAUCAUCAAGACCAUGACCCAGCAGAUGGAAAGAGACCCCAUCAUGGUGGCUGACGCCUCGUACUACGACCUCACCAAGGCCCAGCAGAGAGAGUUGACUGCCGUCAGAAUCAACAGAAUCGCCAGAUACCUCGAAACCGAGUCCUUCGACGACUUCCAAAGAAGAUUGUCGUUGCUUGGUGUUUUCGACCCCCAGACCUCCACCAGAAUUGGUGUCAACCUCGGUUUAUUCAUCUCGUGUAUCAGAGGUAACGGUACUCCCGAGCAGUUGACCUACUGGGCCUUGAACAAGGAAACCGUCUACAUCAAGGGAAUCUACGGUUGUUUCGGUAUGACCGAAAUGGCCCACGGUUCCAACGUUGCCGGUUUGGAGACCACCGCCACCUUCGACGAAGAAACCGACGAGUUCGUCAUCAACACCCCCCACAUCGGUGCCACCAAGUGGUGGAUCGGUGGUGCUGCCCACUCUGCCACCCACUGUACCGUCUACGCCAGAUUGAAGGUCAAGGGUGAGGACUACGGUGUCAAGACCUUCGUUGUCCCAUUGAGAGACUCCAACCACGACUUGAACCCAGGUGUCACCGUCGGUGACAUCGGUGCCAAGAUGGGUAGAGACGGUAUCGAUAACGGUUGGAUCCAAUUCUCCAACGUGAGAAUCCCAAGAUUCUUCAUGUUGCAAAAGUGGUGUAAGGUCUCCAGAGAAGGUGAAGUCACCUUGCCACCUUUGGAACAAUUGUCCUACUCUGCCCUUUUGGGUGGUAGAGUCACCAUGUGUAUGGACUCAUUCAGAAUGUGUGCCAGAAUGUCUACCAUUGCCUUGAGAUACGCCAUCGGUAGAAGACAGUUCAAGCCAGCCAACGCUGACGAGGACGACCCUACUGUGUUGGAAACCCAAUUGAUCGACUACCCAUUGCAUCAAAAGAGAUUAUUCCCAUACCUUGCUGCCUCCUACGUGUUGUCUCAAGGUGCCCUCAAGAUUGAAAGAACCAUCGAGUCCACUUUGUCUGGUUUGGAUGACGCUGUUGAACAGGACGACUACAAUGGUAUCAUGAAGGGUAUCGACGAAAUGAAGUCCUUGUUCAUCGAUUCCGGUUCCAUGAAGUCUACUUGCACUUGGUUGGCUGCUGAAGCCAUUGACCAAUGUAGACAAGCUUGUGGUGGCCACGGUUACUCCAGUUACAGUGGUUUCGGAAAGGCCUACAACGACUGGGUGGUCCAAUGUACCUGGGAAGGUGACAACAAUGUUCUUGCCGUCUCUAUCGGUAAGCCAUUGCUCAAGCACGUUAUUGCUGUCAUCGACAAUGACAAGGUUGUCAAGGGCUCUUCUGCCUUCCUUAGCGACACCAAGCAAUUUGUUGGUGAAGGUAAGGGUGACAAGCCAGUCUUGACCACUAAGGACGAUAUUCUUGACUUGAAGAAGUUCAUCCGUGGUCUCGAAGUCUGUAUCAUCAGAAUUACCCACCAAUCUGCCUUGACUGUUAAGGCUCAAAAGGGUAACUUCGACUUCGUUGGUGGUGACUUGGUUAUCAUCUCCAAGUUGAAGUGUUACCACUACUUGUUGGACGAAUUCGUCAAGCAAACCGAAGCCACCGAACACAAGGACCUCCAACCAUACUUGCUCGACUUGGCAAGAUUGUUUGCUGCUUCCCUUGUCUUGGACAGAUUCUCUGGUACUUUCUUGACCUACAACGUUAUCUCCAGCUCUCUUGUUGGUAAGUUGAGCUCUGAAAUCAUCCCAGACUUGAACGCUGCCAUCAGACCACACAUUGCUACCUUGACUGACUCUUUCCAACAAUCGGACAUGAUCGUCAACUCUGCUAUUGCCAACUAUGAUGGUAACAUCUAUGAAAACUACUUCAAGACUGUUAAGCAACAAAACCCACCAUCUAUCACCAAGGCUCCAUACUCUGGUGCUUUGGAAGCUAUGUUGAACAGACCAUCUCUCGAAGCUAGAGAUAGAUUUGAAAAGACUGGUGAAGCUGCUUUCGAAUUAUCCAAGGAAUAAG